AUGGUCCGAUGUUCAGAGCUCGGACCAAUGCUCCCUCUAAGGAUUACAUCCUUCAAACUCAUUUGUGCAAUGCAAAGAUCGACAGCUUGCGAAGACCCUUUAUUUACUUUCGUUAUUACACAAUACAAUAACAAUCAGUGAGUGCUUGAUCUAAUGGUCUCGAUUGCACCGUCUAGUCUUCUAAUUUUUUCCCAACUCGCUUCGACAUCCGGCUGGUAGAGAAUCUGCCAACGACCCCAUGGAUUGCGGCUGAGCACUUUCAGACGCUCCUCCUCUUCCUUUUCCAUUUGGUCAAUGUACUUGAGAAUCGCGUCCAACCGCUCCUUUAGAGCGCGGUUACGCUUCACUUUCAAUACAUUCGCGGGGACGCGGGUGGUGCUCUUGGUUGGUUCUUGGAAGCAACCACCCCCGCGCCAACCC